AUGUGUAUAGAAUGGUUUAUCUUAUUACAUGAUUUGUAUUCGAUUGCGCGUCCUCUUUUUCAGUUUAUCGUCGCUACACCAACCACCACUUGCACGGCGGCUCUACAACACGAAGGAAGUCAUGUCACGAACUUUGACAGUGUCCAGAAUGGCACGGGUAAGAAGAAGGCAUUGGGAGUGAAUCCAAAGACUAUGAUGGAACGAUUAGGAACGUUUUGGGAUCCUGAUGAUCAAAGGGAAACUAUCGUGUUGGAGGAAAUGGUGAGUUUGUUUGUUGAUGACGAACCAAGCUUAGAUGAAGUCAAACAAGCGUUUAGCGUGUUUGAUAAGAACAACGAUGGGUACAUAGAUGCGAAAGAGCUACAAAAUGUGCUUUAUGGUAUGGGUUUUUUACAUAUAUCUGAGCGCGAUUGUGGAACAAUGAUUGAUGGAUAUGAUGCAGAUAAAGAUGGUAAGAUUAGUUUUAGAGAUUUCUUGAAAGUUGUUGAAGAUAGCUUUCUUUAA